ACUAAUUUAGCCAGUUUUACAUAUCUUGUCGGCAGUUAAUGUACGAAUUAAUUAACUGAUUGAGUUGUAAUUUUUUCAUUUUAUUUAUCUGCGCGUAUUUGUUUCACCAAGUCGACGCGUUAUUUUUGUUUUAUUUUCUUUUCCCUAUGCUCGUAGGAGUGCGUAAAUACUUAAGUAGGUAGUGAUAUUUUAAGUUGCGUGUGAAAUAGCUGAAAAGAUCGGGUGACGUGUGCUCCAGUAAACGCUUGACCGGUGAAAAACUUGUGCUGUGUUGGAAUUUCAUGUAUGACGUAUUGUGAAAGUAGCAGAAUCUGGGGAAAACAAUAUUAAAAUCUGGAUAAAGCUUAAAAUAACUAUACGGGUUCAACCCUAACGCCCGAAAUGUUACUGACAACGUCCGAGUCAUCGACGUACAGCGCCUCCGAAGUAGCUGGCCGGCUACAGGUCGACAUACGCACCGGGCUCAAAUGGACCGAGGCUAAAUAUCGUUCGAAAAUUAUCGGCCACAAUGAGUUGAAUGUGAAUGAAGAAGAACCCACAUGGAAGAAAUAUAUUGAACAGUUUAAGAAUCCGCUUAUACUGUUGCUGCUGGGAAGUGCGCUGGUUUCAGUGAUAAUGAAACAGUACGACGAUGCUGUCAGCAUAACGAUAGCCAUCAUCAUAGUGGUAACAGUCGCCUUCAUACAAGAGUAUCGCUCGGAGAAGAGCUUAGAGGAGUUGAAGAAGCUGGUGCCACCUGAGUGUCAUUGCUUGCGCGAAGGACAACUCGAUACGUUUUUGGCGCGUGAGCUAGUGCCCGGCGAUGUAGUAUACUUGAAUGUAGGCGAUCGCGUGCCCGCUGAUGUGCGACUCUUUGAAGCGAUUGAUCUGUCGAUUGAUGAGUCGAGUUUCACAGGCGAAACGGAGCCGGGACGCAAGAGCACCGAACUCAUAUUGAGUAGCGCAACCAACAAAGAUCACACAAAUAUGAAGAAUGUCGCUUUCAUGGGCACGCUGGUGCGUUGUGGCAACGGCAAGGGCAUCGUAGUCAGCACUGGCGAGCGCAGCGAGUUCGGCGAGGUCUUCAAGAUGAUGCAAGCCGAGGAAGCGCCGAAGACACCGCUGCAGAAAUCUAUGGACAUACUCGGCGCACAAUUGAGUUUCUAUUCGUUCCUCAUCAUUGGCGUGAUUAUGCUGUUGGGCUGGCUACAAGGCAAACCACUAACCGAAAUGUUCAAUAUCAGCGUUUCGCUUGCAGUAGCAGCCAUACCCGAAGGCCUACCUAUUGUGGUCACUGUGACGCUGGCACUCGGAGUGAUGCGUAUGGCCAAGCGAAAUGCUAUCGUCAAAAAAUUGCCUACCGUGGAAACGCUCGGUUGCGUGAAUGUCAUUUGCUCGGACAAAACAGGUACUUUGACGAAAAACGAGAUGACAGCAACAAUCAUCAUCACAUCCGACGGCUACAUGGCCGACGUCACUGGCGCAGGCUACAACGACCAAGGCGAGAUACACAUACGCAAUUGCAACAACGUCGAAAUGGCCAAGUCUAAUAUCACCAACUUGCUUGAAAUAGGUGCGGUCUGCAACAAUGCUUACAUACAAAAUGGCACGCUGCUCGGUCAGCCCACAGAGGGUGCACUGAUCGCUGUUGCCAUGAAGAAUGGCAUGUACGCCACGGCGGAAAACUAUGUGCGCAUACAGGAGUAUCCUUUCUCCUCUGAGCAGAAAAUGAUGGCUGUCAAGUGCAUACAUAAAUACAACAAUAACAAGGAGGAAAUUUUCUUUGCUAAAGGCGCAUUGGAAAUGCUUUUGCCACAAUGUACGAAAUACAUGUUUGGCACACAGACUGUGCCAUUAACAAAGCAGAAUGAGGCGGAAUUCCUUGCGGAGGCAUACGAAAUCGGCCGAAAGGGCUUGCGUGUGUUGGCAUUGGCCAAGGGACGCAGCCUACAGGAUCUUAUUUACUGUGGUCUUGUGGGCAUCACCGAUCCGCCGAGGCCGUUGGUGCGCGAAUCCAUUGAGAUGCUGAUGCAGAGCGGCGUACGCGUUAAGAUGGUGACCGGCGAUGCGCAGGAGACCGCUAUGGCUAUUGCGAAUCUCAUUGGAAUCGACACAAUUCAUCAGCAAACGCUCUCCGGUCAAGAAAUGGACCAACUAAAUGAACACCAACUGGAUAAGGUCGCCAAUAAUGUGAGUGUUUUCUACCGUGUCACACCGCGUCAUAAGCUUGCGAUCGUCAAAUCACUACAACGCACUGGAAAUAUUGUCGGCAUGACGGGCGAUGGUGUCAACGAUGGCGUGGCAUUGAAGAAGGCUGAUAUCGGCAUUGCUAUGGGUAAAAAUGGCACGGAUGUUUGCAAGGAGGCUGCUGAUAUGAUACUAGUCAACGAUGAUUUUCACACCAUCAUCGCUGCCAUCGAGGAGGGCAAAGCGAUCUUCUACAACAUUCGCAACUUCGUACGUUUCCAGCUGAGUACCUCGAUUGCCGCUCUCUCAUUGAUCGCGCUCGCUACUCUCAUGGGCAUCGCAAAUCCCUUGAAUGCUAUGCAAAUACUCUGGAUCAACAUAAUUAUGGAUGGACCACCCGCACAAUCGCUUGGCGUUGAACCCGUUGAUCACGAUGUACUCAAACAGAAGCCGCGCAAUAUAAUUAGUUAA